ACCGGGGAUAAGAGGAAGCGGUGAGAUAAUUUUAGCGGUUCACUCAUUGCUAACGGUGGAUGUGUUUCUUUAUGGGGUUGUGUUUUGACAUCCAGUGAAGACGCAGGGCCGUUAAAACGAGAAUUCGUUUGUCCUGUACGUUUGACCGCUGUCUGUGUCCUACAGUUAGCCUUAGCGGCUAGUCUGCUAAAUGCUAAUGUUGAAGAGCUAACGUUUUCGCUGAGGAUGUCUUUGAAUGAUGAGGGGUACGUGGUUCGGAUCAGAGGACUUCCCUGGUCCUGCACACAGGAGGAGGUGGCCAGUUUCUUUUCUGACUGUGACAUCGCGGGAAAAGUAAAUGGAGUGUGUUUCACAUACUCAAAAGAAGGCCGUCCGAGUGGAGAGGCAUUUAUUGAGCUGAAAACAGCAGAAGAUUUCAAGAAUGCUCUUGCGAAGGACCGUAAAUACAUGGGGCACCGAUAUAUAGAAGUGUUCAAGUCGAACCGUAGUGAGAUGGACUGGGUGCUGAAGCGUAGCGGUCCUGCUGACUAUGACAGCUGCAGUGGCUGCAUGCUGAGACUUAGAGGCCUGCCCUUUGGCUGCAGUAAGGAGGAGAUUGUUCAGUUUUUCUCAGGGUUGAGAAUCGUGCCAAAUGGGAUAACUCUGCCAGUGGACUACCAGGGGAGGAGCACAGGGGAAGCCUUCGUGCAGUUUGCCUCAAAGGAGAUAGCAGAAAAGGCUCUGGGGAAACACAAGGAAAGAAUAGGGCACAGGUACAUAGAGAUUUUUAAGAGCAGUCGUAAUGAAAUCAGAGCCUACUAUGAGGUGCCCCGGCGGGGAAUGGGAGCCCAGAGACCAGGGCCUUAUGAUAGACCAAUGAUGAGCGGCCCCAGAGGAGGGUUUUUUGGUCCUUCUCCUGGCCGUGGUGCCGCCAUGAUGGAUAAUAUGAGGAGUGGAGGUGGUUACGGAGGAGGUUACAGUAACUUUGACAACUACAACGGGUUCAACAACUACUGUUUUGGCAACGGCAUGUUUGACGAGCGAGUGAGAGGAGAGAGGGGAGGAAGAGGAGUGGGAAGCCAUGGUUACAGUGGUCAGAGUGAUGUCAGCUCAGGCUUUCAUAGUGGUCAUUUCGUCCAUAUGAGGGGUUUACCUUUCCGUGCCACAGAAGGAGACAUCGCUAAAUUCUUCUCUCCUUUGAACCCGUUAAGGAUCCACAUCGAUAUGGCUCCCAACGGCAAGUCAACUGGAGAGGCAGACGUGGAGUUUCGCUCCCAUGAAGAUGCCGUGGCCGCCAUGUCCAAAGACAAAAACCACAUGCAACAUCGCUACAUCGAGCUGUUUCUUAACUCGACAGCCAGCGGUGCCGCUGAAAUGAGCCGUGGCAGCGGUGGUUACUAUAGUAACUCAGGAGGAGGAAGCUCCCGGAGCAGCGGGCUGCGAGGUACAUACUGAUGAUGUCAUCCCACAGUUCCAGUCCAUCCUGGCGUUCAUGUCACGUCUCUGAAGGCCGCAUUUAAUCAAUGAGUGUUUCUAAGCAGGAAAGCUGACGCAAAGUUCCACCUUUUUCUUUUCUUUUCUUUUUUUUUUUAAAAAAAGGCAGAAUGAAAAAAGUAAGACACAGACAUGACCACAACGAGCACUAUUUUCACACUAUUCCUAGAAGCAUAUGAAGAACAACACGGCUUACACGGAGAUAAAAAUCCCGGAGCUGUCACAGGUGCUGAACGUGGUCAACUGGUCAUGUCAAAGGGUUCAUGUUUCUUAAAAUUGAAGAUUGUAGUACAGUUUAUCUGAAUACACACAAAUACAGAAAAGAUACAAAUUGCAGAAAGAGAUGUUGUCUUUUGUAAUUAUAUUUUUUGGAAUGGUAUUAAGAGCGUUACAUCUGAAUGCAUUAGUUUUUGACGACUUUAGUGGGAUGCACUUUUUUUUUUUUUUUAAUUCUCCAGUGCAGCAGGAGCUUCAUCCCACAGAGCAACAGCUGUGGUGUUUGAUAUGUAAGGGGUGGGUGGAUUGCUUUGGUUUGGGUAUCUCGUUGCAAGUCUUCAUAGGUUGCGGGUCUUAAUCAUCUUGAUUGAAGUGUGUUCAGAUAAUAACAUCCAUUUGACCUUGACUUCAGAUCAGCUUUUCUGGUUGAGAAUGUUUUGUAAAUGUGAGCCUGUGUGUUUUUUAUGAAUGUUUUCACAGUUCAUUACAGAAUUUAAAAAAAUAAGUUGAAAUAUUAUAAUCCACUCUCAAAGAGUGGAAUUAAAAUAAAGUCUAUAUUUGAGCUGUAAGAUAGCUUGUGCAGCUGUUGUACAUUUUGCCUAAUAAAUUUUAUAUUUAAUUGUC